UUAUCUCUUUGUUUUUUUCGUAAGUGGGAUUUUUUGGAUUUUUUAAUUAUUUAUUGUCCAUUCUCCAUUGCAUGCAGUGCAAGCAGGUUAGCUCGGUACACUUGAAAACUCUCACUCUCCCUUUGUCUGAAAAAAAGCACAGAGAAAAUGGAGUCGAGCGUGGAAGCUAAUGGACGCAUUGCAAGGAUUUCAGCUCAUCUGUUUCCACCAAAUUCCCAGGUGGAGGAUGGUUCUGCUCUGAGCAGAGGUGACUGCAGAGCCAAAGGCGGGGCGCCGGGCUUCAAAGUGGCGAUUGUGGGUGCUGCUGGAGGCAUUGGCCAACCUCUUGCAAUGCUCAUGAAGAUGAACCCACUGGUUUCAGUUCUUCAUCUCUAUGAUGUCGUUAAUGCCCCCGGUGUCACAGCUGACAUUAGCCACAUGGAUACCGGAGCUGUGGUGCGCGGUUUCUUGGGGCAGCCACAGCUUGAGAGCGCUCUCACGGGCAUAGACCUUGUGAUCAUACCUGCCGGUGUUCCAAGGAAGCCUGGAAUGACAAGGGAUGAUCUUUUCAAAAUAAACGCGGGAAUUGUCAGGACCAUCUGUGAAGGAAUUGCGAAAGCCUGUCCUAAGGCAAUCGUCAACUUGAUCAGUAAUCCAGUGAACUCGACAGUUCCUAUUGCAGCAGAGGUUUUCAAGAAAGCCGGGACUUAUGACCCAAAGCGUCUUCUAGGAGUCACGAUGCUUGAUGUCGUGAGAGCAAAUACUUUUGUUGCAGAAGUUCUUGGACUUGAUCCUAGGGAAGUCGAUGUUCCAGUUGUUGGUGGUCAUGCCGGAGUGACCAUUUUGCCGCUUCUGUCACAGGUCAAGCCUCCUUGCUCCUUCACCAAAGAAGAAACAGAAUACCUAACAAACCGGAUUCAAAACGGUGGAACAGAAGUUGUUGAGGCAAAAGCUGGGGCUGGUUCGGCAACACUGUCAAUGGCAUAUGCAGCUGUGAAAUUUGCGGAUGCAUGCCUCCGCGGCUUGAGAGGAGAUGCUGGUGUUGUUGAAUGCGCUUAUGUUGCCUCUGAGGUAACCGAACUUCCUUUCUUCGCAACCAAGGUCCGGCUUGGUCGUGGCGGAGCAGAGGAAAUCUACCAACUCGGGCCUCUGAAUGAGUAUGAGAGGGUUGGAUUAGAGAAGGCGAAAACGGAGUUAGCAGCAAGCAUCCAGAAGGGGGUUUCGUUCAUCAAGAAGUGAAAUUUACUAAAUGCUCAAGUUUCCUACAGAGAUUUGUAUUUAGUUUGCUGUUGUACUCAGAAUCCAGUUGGAUUAAAUUGUCAUCUCAAACAUCAGUCCUUCUGACUAAGUUGAACUCAUGCUAUAUAUACAUAUAAAUCAAGGUUUCAUAAAUUAAUUUAAA